AAGCAAGAAAUGAUAAUAAUAGAACGUAGAUGUCUGGAAGAAAGCAAUCACCAACGUAUUUUUUAAAAACAUCCUGCGUCCAAGGGGUUGUAACGGGCGUGCAGAUCUUAAUUUCCUUGGGGUUUUGCAGGCAGCGCGGCUUCACGGGUCCCCCCGGGGCCACGCUUAGAACUGGCAGCAUCCAAGGGCCGGUCGCUCAUUCGCUGGAACCGCUGGCUCCACAGGAACAUUGUGCAAGCCAGAGAGCCGAGGGGGCGUCUCCAAGUUAUGGCGUCCCAUGAUGAUGGGGCAGUUUCAAGAAGCAGGGGAAGUGCCUCUAAUCCUGUGGCCGUGACUGCUGGCAUCAUCGUAAUCGGAGACGAGAUCCUAAAGGGUUACACUCAGGACACCAAUUCUUUUUUCAUGUGCCAUAAGCUCCGCUCGCUGGGCGUGAAGGUGGCCAAGAUCUCCGUGGUGCCGGACGAAGUGGACGCCAUUGCCACCGAGGUCACAUCCUUCGCCAACAGAUUCACUUACGUCUUGACGUCGGGUGGCAUCGGCCCCACGCACGACGAUGUCACCUUUGAAGCCAUCGCAAAAGCCUUCGGCGAAGAAGUCCGUCCCCACCCAGAGAUGGUCGAGCUAGUUAACCAAUUUUUCGGCAAGUCCAAGCCCGAGAGCCCCAAGAUGAAGCUGGCUUGUGUCCCCGAGUCAUCCCUUCUCAAUUACGGGGUGGACAAGGAGACAGGCCGUACCUUCCCGUUCCCCCUCGUCAGCGUCCGAAAUGUGUACAUCUUCCCAGGCAUCCCGUCGCUGAUGAAACGGGCCCUGGAUGGUCUCGGGCAUCUCUUCCAAAACGAGAAGACCCAGUUUUACUCCCAGGAGAUCUACGUGAAUGCCGAAGAAACCCGGAUCGCUUCGGUGCUCAACCAAGCCCACGCCAAGUUCUGGCCCCGCACUAACCUGGGCUCGUACCCCGAUUGGGUCAGUAACUACCACCGAGUCAAGCUGAUCCUUGACUCGGACUCGAAGGCAGAGCUGGACGAGGUCCACGCUUUCCUGAUGGAGAACUUGCCUUCGGGGUUAGUGGUGCCCUUGAUCGCCGAUCCCAUCUCCCGGGCCGCUACGGAUGUCUACAGCUUGGCUGAAUCCGGUUCUCCCCUUGGGCAGAAGGUGGCAGCAGCAUUACGGACCAUUGAAGAAAGCUUGGAUAGCUACAGUAUCUCAAAAAUCUGCAUUGGGUUUAAUGGCGGGAAAGACUGCACGGCCCUGUUGCAUCUUUGUUACGCUGCUGUGCACAGACGAUACCCAGAGAAGCUGGAACAGCUGCAGGCUCUUUACGUCCGCACCACGCUUCCCUUCCCGGAGAUGGAAGAGUUCAUUCAGGACACUGCUCAGCGGUACAAGAUUCGCAUUUGUGUGGUCCACGGGAACAUCAGAGAGGCUCUCGGCAUCCUGAAAACUCAGCAGCCCAAUCUGGAGGCUGUGCUGAUGGGUACGCGUCGCACCGAUCCCUACUCCUGCACCCUGACGCCCUUCUGCAUGACGGACCCCGAGUGGCCACAGUAUAUGCGGGUCAGCCCUCUGCUGGACUGGAAGUACCACGAUAUAUGGGGCUUUCUUCGCAGCCUUUACAUUCCCUACUGCAUUCUGUACGACAAGGGUUACACCUCGCUGGGCAGCAUGACCAACACACGGAAAAACCAAGCUCUGCGUUACACAGACGCACGAGGCCAGGAAUCCUACCGGCCAGCUUACGAGUUGGAAAACGAAGAAGAGGAACGUGUCUCCCGCCACUGAACUGUGAUGUCCGUGGCCAGCAUGGCUGGUUCAGCAAGGCCUGAAAAAAGUAACUGAGUUCAGGCCCGGCUUAUUAGAGUGGAAGUGAAUGCAUGGCAACAGCCACCCUCGGGCCUCUCUAGUCCCCUUGGCAUCUGGUAGAUGGGUCUUAUGCCCCGAAUUAUUAUAUAUCUCGCCGCUGAGACAGUGGCUGGCGGGCUGUGUUGUCUGUUCUCUGCGUUGCAAAGAAAAAGGGAAUAAA